CACAAAUUCAGAGCUUGUUUUGCUUUAUACUUGGUUCUUCAAUGGCUCAAGCGCCAAAAGGACAUGUGUUCGCCGUUCUCCUUCUGUUACUGUUUGCAGUUGCUGGGGCAACUCGGCCGGGAAUUGCAAAGAAUCCUAGUCAAGCAACAUGCAAGAUUAAGAGAUACAAACAUUGCUACAACCUGGUGCAUGUAUGCCCCAAGUUUUGCCCUGAUAGUUGCACAGUUGAAUGUGCCUCUUGCAAACCAAUCUGUGGUCCAUCAUCACCUCCUCCUCCAGAAGACAACCCAACUCCACCAGAAUCUCCCCCUUCACCUUCUCCUCCAGAAGACAACCCAACUCCACCAGAAUCUUCCCCUUCACCUUCUUCUGAUCCAGAAGACACCCCAACUCCACCAGAAUCACCCCCUUCAGCUUCACCUCCGAGCCCAUCAGUGCCUUCUCCAACAGCCCCUAAUGUAACUCCAUCUCCGCCCUCACCUCCAUCACAGUCACCACCAAAUCCAACACCUCCAACUAAUACCCCAACUCCACCUUCUCCCUCAACAUCAUCAUCGAUUCAUCGGGUCCUGCUCCAUCGAAAGCCAAAUGCAAGAACAAGAAUUACCCCCAGUGCUAUAAUGUGGAGUAUUCAUGCCCGAAAUCUUGCCCUGGUGGAUGUGAGGUUGAUUGUGUCACUUGCAAACCUGUCUGCGGUAAAGUGUGAUAAACCAGGGGCAGUGUGCCAGGACCCUCGUUUCAUCGGUGGUGAUGGCAUCACCUUUUACUUCCAUGGCAAGAAGGACCGAGACUUCUGCCUCGUAUCUGACUCCAACAUACACAUCAAUGGCCACUUCAUAGGCAGGCGAAAUGAAAACAUGGGCAGGGACUUCACAUGGGUUCAAUCCAUUGCAAUCCUCUUCGACAAACACCAACUCUUCGUCGGUGCCCUGAAAACCUCAACUUGGGAUGACAGCGUGGAGCACCUCAGCCUCACCUUUGACGGCGAACCCAUCACCCUCCCAGAAACUGAUGGCGCUAAGUGGUACCCGGAAUCCACCACCGGUAUCUCCAUCAGCAGAGCCGUUGACACCAACAACGCAGUGAUUAAAGUCGAAGGAAAUUUCAAGAUCACGGCCAAGGUUGUGCCCAUCACCGAAGAAGACUCCAGGAUUCACAACUAUGGCAUAACCCAAGAAGAUUGCUUUGCCCAUCUCGACUUGGGAUUCAAGUUCUACUCACUGAGCAAUAAAGUGAACCGCGUUUUAGGACAGACAUACAAACCUGGGUAUAUGAGUCCAGUUAACAUUGGAGCAAAAAUGCCUGUAAUGGGAGGAGAUAGAAAAUUUGAAGCUUCAAGCCUUUUUGCCACCGAUUGCGCAGUUGCUAGGUUCAGUGGCAGCCAUGACGACGAUUAUUUCAAGAAUUUGGAACUACCAGGAUUGAGCUGCGCGAGCGGAGUUGAUGGACAGGGCGUUGUUUGCAAGAAAUAAUCAGACUUCUAUGUUUCUUCUACCUUGCAAUUAAAUAAUUAUUCAGCUG